AUGGGGAAAGGAGGAGCUGCCCCCAGAUCACUCACUGAGCCUGCUAGAGGUAUCCAGGAGCGGCCGGAGUGGCCGCUCGGAAAUGCGUCUAGAUUAUGGGAACUGCCACAACAGGACGACCUCAUGCUCAACUACUGGAUUCAGGAUGCGAAGUGGUCGUGCUUUUGGCUGACACAUGCCUUUUUGGAAAACCUCAAAGCGCCUAUCGAGCUUGUCGAGAACCGCGCGAAAUACUACCAGAAAUUCAUCACGGCAAUUCUUGAGGCUGUCGGUGUGUCGACUGACAAGCUCGAGGUUGUGCUCGGAGGCUCUUACCAGAAGAGCCCCAAUUACAUCAUGGAUGUCUACCGCCUCUCGUCCUUGGUUAGUGAACUUGACGCGAAGAAGGCAGGCGCAGAAAUUUUGAAGCAGUCAUCGAAUGCGCGAUUGAGUGGCCUCCUCUACCCUAUCCUUCAGGUACUCGACGAAGAGUACCUUCGAGCCGAUACCGAACUGGGAGGCAUGGACCAGAGAAAGCUUUUCAUGGCGGCAACAGAGUGGUUUCCCAAACUCGGAUAUCGCACGCGCGCGAAUCUGAUCACGCCGAUGGUUGCGGGUCUCAGUGGAGGCAAGAUGAGCUCUAGCGACCAAACAAGAUCGACCUCUUCGACCCUCCUGAGACCAUUUCCAAGAAAAUCCUUAAAGCAGAGGCGGCUCCUCGAGUUGUCGAAGAACAGUCUUAUUGCAUUAGUCGAAUUUAUCUUUCUCUCAGCAGCCGCCCUCGAAGACCAGAAAGAAUUUCAAGCAGAGCGCAAAGAUACCGAGCCCUUGAUAUAUACCGAUAUCAAGCAGCUGAAGGAUGAUUACACAAACGACAUUGAGAUUACGUUAAAGGCUUACCCGCCUCCAGUCGCAGAAAAGAAGCAGAAGAAGGUUAAGGAUAAGGGUUCUCGCUACCCAGGGGCUAACAAGGAGCAAGAUAUUGCAGGGCGUUCAAACCCCUAG